CUCUGGUGCUGGGAGGAGCUGGGCCACGUGUUGCCGCAGUGAUCCGAGCGGAGCCGGAGGGAAGAUGCCGAUUUUUGUCCUCCGUACGAACCUGAGCCGCUCCAACAUCCCGGACGUGCUGGGAGAGGAGCUGACGGCUCUGCUGUCCAAGGAGCUGGGGAAACCUCAGCAGUACAUCGCAGUGCACAUUGUAUCCGACCAGAUGAUGUACUUCGGCGGAUCCUCUGAUCCCUGCGCCCUUGCCUCUCUCUCCAGUAUUGGCAAAAUCAACAGCAAGCAGAACAAGCACUACUCCAAGCUGCUGUUUGAACUGGUGAACAAGCACUUGCACAUUUCUGCCAACAGGAUGUUCAUCGUUUUCCAGGACCUGGACGCAGCUAAUGUUGGCUGGAAUUAUGACACCUUUGCCUAGGUUGUGAUCCAGUCCAUUUCACCAUGAUAUUCACAGUAAUAGAGUUUUGUCUGUUGUGUAGUAUUAAUAGUGGCUCACAGUCCAGAGAGCAGAUUCCUGAUAUCAUGUCAGUGAUUUGUUUUAACAAUAAAUUGACUUCAGCAA